AUGCCUCCCCCCAAGCCAGAAGAACUGAAGAACCUCCGGGAGUCUUUCCGGGCCAAGAAACAAGCGUGUUUCAUCUUGGGUGCCUCGGGUGAGACGGGGAAGGAACUGCUGGCUGAAAUCUUGAAGCAGCAAAUAUUCUCCAGGGUGACACUCAUUGGCCGGCGAAAGCUGGAUUUGGAAGAGCCGCUGUAUAGCAGCGUGAAGCAAGAAGUUGUUGACUUUGAGAAACUGGAUGAGUCUUCUGCCGCCUUCCAAGGCCACGAUGUUGGAUUCUGCUGCCUGGGCACGACCAGAGGCAAAGCUGGAGCUGCCGGAUUUGUGCGGGUCGACCGGGAUUAUAUUCAGCACUCCGCAGAAUUAGCCAAAGCUGGCGGGUGCCGCCACUUCGUCUUACAGUCCACUAAGGGUGCAGAUGCCUCCAGUUCUUUCCUUUACCUUCGAGUUAAGGGUGAAGCAGAGUCCAGGGUCGAAGCGGUUGGCUUUGACCGCUGCUCCAUAUUCAGACCAGCAGUCCUGCUGUGUGAUCGUCGGGAGUCCCGUCCUGGCGAGUGGGUGACCAGAAAAGUCCUUGGAGCAGUCGCUUAUGUCUGCCCCACGUUGUACUCCGUCCCCACAGUGACUGUGGCUCGGGCCAUGGUGAACAACGUAGUGAUGCCAGGACCUGAUAACCGGAAGGUGGAAAUUCUGGAGAAUGCAGACAUACAUGCCCUAGGAAAUGUUAAAUAGUUGGGAGGCUUGUUCCUGGAUGACAUACCUUAUGGAAGGCAUCCCUAACCAUCUCAGUGACCCAGUUUGGCCUAACUUUCCUCUUCCCCAGAGGCUCCCCCUUGAAACCAUUCUUCCAUGUUUCCGUGGUAACCCAGCAAGCCACCAUAUUUAUUAUGGCCGCCAUUUUGAAUAAGACUGGGGAUUUUCUUACGUUACUAUGAGCACACUUGGUCUGAGUUCUCUGUUGUGGCCUGUCCGUCUUGGGUGGCCCUCAACGGCAUAGCC